AUGUCGUCGCAGUUAGAGAGGCAGGGUAGUCGGAUUGCGAAGAGAAGAAGAAUCACACGGGCGUGCGAUGAGUGCCGGAAGAAGAAGGUCAAGUGUGAUAACAGGCAUCCGUGUAUCCACUGCACAGUUUAUUCAUACGAGUGUACGUACAAUCAGCCUGCGCGGCGAACGGGGGGGAACAAGAAUAGCGAGGGAGGGGAGAAUGUGUGUAGGGGCAAUAGAGGGGUCAAGAUGGGCAACGAUGGGGGCGAUGGGAUGGCAGUGACCGGAAAGGGGUCGGUUUCGAAGGUGAAGAGCCUGCAGGCGAAGGUUGUCAAGUUUGAAAGCCUGCUUCAAGAGAUGUUUCCGGGGUUAGUGGAUGAAGUGAGUGUUGAUACUUUUGAUGUGGCGAGGUUUGGGAAGGUUUUGAGGAAAUACCUUCGGAAGGGAGUAGAUGUGACACAGUUAGUUGACGAGUACAAAUUGGCAUUACCGGUUCAGCAGGGUAAAGCGACGGUUUCCGAGCAGGAGCGUGAAGCGCUCAAUUUAGACGAAUCUUUGAGUCCAUCAGAGAAUUUUGUCCAAUAUCACCGGAUUAAGCGCAACAAUCUUAUUCUACCGCCCAAGCUUGUCGCUAUUGAGUUUGUAAACCAACUAUGGGGUACUAGUUGCUUAUUUUUUAGAUUUUGCCACAGGCCGACGUUUUUAAAGAAACUGGAUGAACUUUAUGAUAUGGAUUCAGAGACGUAUGGUGUUAGACAAUUGCUUUUCUUGCCGCUAUGCUACGCGGUUCUGGCAGUUGCUGCAUUGGUUUUGAGCUCUACCUUAGCCAAAAAUAAGGAUGUUAAUCCAAACUGUAAGUUUAAGGAAUAUUUGCAAGAUGAAGGCCAUCGGUAUUUCCUUGCUGCAAAGAAUUUGAUAGAUAUAGCAAAUACACAAAGCCUGGAAGCAAUCCAGACAUUAUGUCUGCUCUUCAUGUUCGCUCAAUGCUCUGCGAGGCCAUCCGCCGGCUACAUGUAUCUUAGUCUGGCUAUGAAAUCGGCUUUGAGGGAAGGUUUACAUCGUAAUCUAACUCCAGAAGCAUCCAUGAGCUUUUCUCCAAUAGAGAUUGAGAUGCGGAAACGAGUGUUCUACACAAUCUACCGCAUGGAUGUGAUGUUAAAUACAAUGCUGGGCUUGCCGAGAAGUAUUUCAAAAGAAGAUUUUGAUCAAGAGUUACCCUUAACAAUAAGCGAUAGUUGUAUCACUGAGGAGGGUAUACUUCGAAAUAAAGGAUCUGACAUCUUAGGUUCGACUGGCGUUACCAACCAGCAUACGAAACUAGUCAUGAUCAUGGAUGAAAUUGCCAAUACGCUGUAUUCUCCAAGACUUGAUAACGUCGUAUCUCAUUCUGUUAUAUCAGACCUCGAAUUGAAAUUGAGAGCUUGGCUAGAUCAGCUACCUCCAGAAUUGGUUCCUGGACUCAAGGAUGCACCUGAUAGAUACAUUGCUGCGAAUAGACAACUGCAUUUUUCCUUUUUAUAUGUGCAAAUCAUGCUGUAUUGCCCUUUCAUUCAUUACUUAUCGCCAAUAACUCCACAGUCUAAUACCCUAUCGAUUCAAAGAGCUCAUAAUUGCGUUUCAGUUGCGCGAACAGUGGUAUCACUAUCCCAAGAAAUGUUGCAAAAGAAUAUUAUAUCUGGUUCUUCAUGGUUCUGCAUAUAUGCAAUUUUCUUUGGAGUUUCGUGCCUGAUUAAUUAUAUACAUGGGGCUUCACCUAAAGAUAAGGAGUCUAUUGAAGAAUACAAACAAAUAAUGAAUGAGAUUGAAAUCGGGAAGACUAUUCUACUUCAAUUGAAGCGUACCUCCAGCGCCGCAACACGUAUACACAAUAUUUUGCUCACAUUGUUUAAAACUUUCAACUUGAGAACAAAGUCUAAUAUUAACAACACUAUCACGGAAUUUGUAUCAACAAUACCAAAAACAAAAACUAAAUUAGAAUCGGACAAUGCAGAUACUUUAGAUAGGGGUGAUGAUAUCAAUGGAAGCCAUAAACCACAGCAUGUUCCUAAAACUGAGCCUAAUCUACCAAUAUGGCAACAAGCCUAUGACUACGUUCCUGCUACGACUCAGGAGUUGCCUCAUACUAACCCAAAUAAUGUUUCUACUUCAACUACUGUGUCCGUUGAUGGGGAAUCUAUGAUAGCUACUGUUUCUACAUCAGGCACAAGUUUAACCAACUACAGCUCAGAGUUUGGCACCUCGUUACCCCCGCUUGAUGCGGGAAUUCCGGAGCACGUAGCAAAUCAGGCACCUCUAUCAGACCCUUCAUAUAAUUACCCACACCGCGAAACUUUUAAUAAUGGUUUCUACCCAUCGGAAUUAUUUGAUCAACUGGAUGAUCAAUUCUUUGGAAAAUAUAUACCACCCUAUAAAUACCAAACAUCUGUAUUUGCAAGCUUUCCUUCGGAGGAGCCUACGAUAGAAAAGCCUUCAGAUGACAGUCAAAAUAGAAUGCUAUAA